UCGAGUCCAAUAUAAAAAAAUAUAAAAGUAUAAUUCAAUGUGAAGUGAGUGAUAGUGAAGAACAUAAGUUGCAGGAAGUAAGAGAACUAAUUAUUCCUGAUGCAGUGCCAUCCACAUCGGCAGGUCGUUUAGGCAUUUUCCAACAAUUACAACUGUUGAUGAACGGCCAAAAGGAGCUGCUUGGCGAAAUAAAAGAAGUUAAACAGCGGCUUGAAAAAGUUGAAGAAAAUCAAAAUAAUAUUCUUUCAAAUCAAAGCUUGCUCAGCAUUGGCCAUGCGACUUUAGUCACCAACCAACAAAAUAUUGCUGAUAGCUUAGAGCGCAUCGAGUCAUCUGACAUUUCGAAAGCAGAAUUUAUGGCCCAGAGGCGAAUAAUAAUGGAGGCAAAGGUAUCCAUUAAAAAUGUAGAGGCAUCGGUGUGCAGCAUGACAGGAGGAACGACUGACACCAAUUUGGAGCAAAUCGCCGGCAUGCUCCCUCUAAACACAGUUGCGGAUGUCAAAGAAGUGGAGGAUAAAUUAAAAUUGCCAGAUUUCGCCAUUGCAAUGGUAACAAAUUUAUAUUUAAAAUUUAAUAUUUGA